GCAGCACUAGCUCUACACGCACUAGGCUGUGUCCACCCCAAUUUCAACACGAACCCCAAGCCUGUAGAUCCAGAUUCCUGUCUUCCAGCCGCAGCUCGGUAAGGAGGAGUCCAGCGCCAUGUCGGCGCUGUUCAACUUCAACUCCUUCCUCAUAGUGGUGCUGCUGGUGAUCUGCACCUGCACCUACAUCAAGAUGCAGUUCCCUGCCAUCCUCAACGAUCGCACCGGGUUCCGUGGUUUCUUUUGGAAAGCAGCCAGAAUAGGUGAGCGGUUGAGCCCUUGGGUUGCAUUUGGGUGCUUCGCGAUGGGGGUAUCCACCAUCUUCUUCUGAAGGUCCGGGCAAUCAUGUCCAUGAUUUGAAUCUAGGUGGCAGAGUUAAGUAUAGGAAGGACCAUGUCACAUUGUAUUUCUGUUCAUGCCUCCGGAGAAGCCUCAUGCUUCAGUUACUGUUGUGGCAAAAGCUGCAUUUUAGUACUGAGCAUGCAGGUUAUAUGAAUGCACUCAGGUCGGUAGACUUGCUGGUAAGACAUAGACGAUACUGUGUUUGCAAAUGCUAGGUGUUAAAGAUAAUAGUAUUACCUGCAAGAAGUUAACAAUGAAAUGAUGGAGGAUUAUGUAUGCUAUGUAGAAUGUUGUUUGGAUCCUGCAAAA